GCUACGCUAGUUCAGUAGCAAGGUUUCUUGCGUCCGCGUCUCUCCUGCCGGGACUUGUCAGCGCUCAUUCCGACCGUGCAGCAUAGCAGUAUUAUGCGAGCACCGUCCGGAGUGUGGGAGCACCGUGUGAAGUGAGUUUCCGUGAAUCAUCUAUAUGGGCCAUCUUCUCUCGAAAAAUGGUUACCGCCUGAAGAAGAGGCCACGCAAAUUACAUCACAGGAAGAAGAAGAAGAGGAACUGUUUCCUUCAGGGGCCUUGUAUGCUGUGCUUCAUUGUCCACAGCAACAGCAGCAGUCUUGACGACGACAACAACCAUUUGGAGGCUGGUGUCAACGGCAGCGGGUGCCGUCAUAACAGCGUCACUGGAAUCAGUGUCCCCGGUGUGGGUGGUGUUGGCAUUGGAGCAGUAGCUGCCUCGAAGCUUGCCGAACGAUACGCGACACUCACGUCUCCUGAGGACUGCUCCAAGUUCCUGUUGUCACCAAGGGAGCUAUCUAUCUGGGAAGGCCAGGGGAGGAGCCUAUUAUCAGCUGUUCCUGCCAAGCUGAUUCCACCACCAGCGCUGUUUCGAACUGCUGGGGUGUCUGUGACCGUACCCAUACCUGUGCCUGUGCCUGGCUGUACCAGCGACUACACUGAGAUGGUGUGUAAGAGGAAGUGCUCAGAGGUGCAGAGGUGCACCCCCUGUAAGCAGCCACGCUGUGCCUUCGCUGCCCCUGAUGGAGGGCUGGAGAAUGGAGGAGUGGGAGGAGGCGGAGGAGAGGCUGCCUCGAACUCUGAAACUGGCCACUGCCACCUUCCCCUCUGUCCGCUUCCCUCGUCCUCCUCCUCUUCUUCCUCUGCCUCCUCCUCUUCCUCCUCACCUGCUGAUGGCUGCUGCGGGUUGGGUCUUCAUGCAGAUUUGCCCCACAGUUCGGACUCAUCCCCCUGCUGCCUGCAUCAUUAUGACGAAUGCCAGGCUAGAAGUUCUGAUGCUGCUGAUCACCUAAGCAUCAAUCACCUGCCUUCCUCCAUCCUUCUUAAGGUGCUCUCCCAUUUGACAGUGAAGGAGCGCUGUCUGUGUGCCUCUCUGGUUUGUAAGUACUGGAGGGACCUCUGCUUGGACUUCCAGUUCUGGAAGCAAAUCGACCUCAGUGGCCUACAACAAGUAAACGACGAUCUCCUGGUCAAAAUAGCCUCUCGGAGGCAGAAUGUGACAGAGAUUAACAUCUCAGAUUGCAGAGGGGUCCAUGACCAUGGUGUGUCCUCCCUGGCCUCUCAUUGUCCUGGCCUGCAGAAGUAUACAGCGUACCGCUGCAAGCAGUUAGGUGACAUGUCCCUGUCGGCCUUGGCUACACACUGCCCUCUGCUGGUGAAGGUGCAUGUGGGCAACCAGGACAAAUUAACAGACGACGCUCUAAAAAAGCUGGGAGAGCACUGCAGUGAGCUGAAGGACAUCCACUUGGGUCAGUGCUACAGUGUCACAGAUGAAGGCAUGGUGGCUUUGGCUAGAGGAUGCCCUAAACUGCAGAGACUCUACUUGCAAGAGAACAAACUGGUCACUGAUCGGUCUGUGCAGGCUGUUGCAGAGCAUUGUCCUGAGCUGCAGUUCGUUGGCUUCAUGGGAUGCCCUGUGACCUCUCAGGGAGUCAUCCACCUUACUGCGCUACGUAACCUGAGUGUCCUGGACCUGCGGCACAUCUCGGAGCUCAACAAUGAGACUGUGAUGGAGGUGGUGAGGAAAUGUCGCAACCUCAGCUCCCUCAACCUCUGCCUCAACUGGAGCAUCAACGACAGGUGCGUGGAAAUCAUCGCCAAGGAGGGGAGAAGUCUGAAGGAGCUCUACCUUGUGUCUUGUAAAAUCACAGACCACGCUCUGAUAGCCAUAGGCCAGUACAGCAGUACCAUAGAGACUGUGGAUGCCGGCUGGUGUAAGGAUAUCACAGACCAGGGAGCCACACAGAUCGCUCAGAGCAGCAAAUCCCUUCGCUACCUGGGCCUCAUGAGAUGUGACAAGGUGAACGAGGAGACAGUGGAGAGGCUGGUGGUCCAGUACCCUCACAUCGUGUUCAGCACUGUGAUGCAGGACUGCAAGAGAACCCUGGAGAGAGCUUAUCAAAUGGGCUGGAGCCCCAACACAUCGAACACUUCAUAGCUACUGCUGGACACACACACACACACACACACACACACACACACACACAUGCAGCUACACAGAGGCCCUUUUUUGUGUACAGACACAUACAAUAUUUGCAGCUCAAUCAUGUUUGCUUCUCAUCCACUGUUCAAACAUGCAUGUGAACAUGUAGCUACACACUCACAGACUGAGGUCCAGUCCAUCAACUGGUUUAUUUGAAAAUUUCAGUAAAAUAUGGGCCUCCUGGUGUUUUAUAAUUAUGUGAGACGUUAGACACCUACCAGUCAUAGGUUAUAGUCCUCAUCAUCAUUGGCUAUAAGUCAGAUUACAUCAAACAAUAUAGUGUACUUUCUUUGACCAGAGCCUUGAGUGUGUAGUUUGUUUUGGUGCAAAGCAGUGCACUAUUAAGUGUUAUUUGAUUUCUACUAUAAGUGAGUUUUACUCAGUUAAUCGAGUAUUAAGCCUCUUACAUUUUAAGUUCUCUGCAUCACCUUGGAUGAAUGGAGAGGAGGUAAAGAUGCAUGAGAAGGAUGCAUUCUGGUCCUGAACACAUGAAAAAGAUCCAAACAAAAAAAAAAAGGCAUCAUUAAGACUGUCAGAGAAAUUCAGUGAUGUUUGGACCAGAGUUAUUUUGAAUGAAAAUAGAUUAAGUAAGGUUUGUUGCCCAAACUGGCAAAGGUGUUCCAGAGCACCUCGCCCCUGUCAGUCCACUGAGGUGUUGACUUUCUCCAAACUGAACUCAACUGCUGCAGUGAGAUCACACAAGACAGCAGAAACUUGGAUAUCUGGAGGCAACAUCUGAACACUUCAGCCUGGAAGACAACUGAACUGCCUGGGCUUCAGACCUCACUAGAGGCAUUUUGAGAAAUCUGUAAUGUUGUUUUUUUUUUGUUGUUGUUUUUUUUUUUUCUUCGUUUCUUGGAUGUUGAGUACAGUGUUAAAGGCAUUUAUGGAUUCAUAUAAAUUGAGAUUGUUGACAAGGCUCCAUUUGAAGGACAGAGCUCUUUGCUGUGACUCAAUAUGCACAUUGUCAUGGUACGGAAGAAAGAUUCAGGCCAGAACCAGUCAAAACCCUGGAAGAUUUAUGGUGGGAAAACAGCAUUGAUUAUAUUCUAAAAGUGCAUGUUUACAUUGAGAACCUUACCUUAUUUUUUCAGCUGGAUAUAGAGUACGUAUGAUGGGGGAAGCUGAAAUGAACAUCCGUAUGACUUGGGAUCAAUGCUGCUUUUAUUGCCAUGCAUAGAUUUACCGUUGACUGAGCAUUACCUUGAGUCAUCACAGAAUGAAUUAAACAGUGCUUGAAAUAGAAGUUGCCUUUACCCAAAAAUCCUGGGUCACAUUAUCAGAAUAUUAACCACAACUACCUUGAUGAUAGGUAAGAGGAAAUGUUGCCUUAAGUGGUUAGUAAUUGCCAUCCAAUUAGUAACCUGUAAUUGACCCAGAAUUAACUAAAGAAAUGUUUAUCUGCUCUGUGGUUAUCAGAUACCCUAAUCCCAUUAUUUGAUCUGAUA